AUUCACUACAAUCACCACUACCUUACACUUUGGACACGAUCUGAGGUCUCAAUACCCCAAAUCCAGCCCCUAGAUUCUUCAGAUCUUCUCUCAGCCGGAGGAUUCCGCCAUAACAACACACAUCCGCGAACAUGCCACGCGCAGAGGCCGGCAGCACUAAGGCCAUUGGCAACAAGAUCAAGAGCAAAGGAUUGGGCAGAUUGAGAUGGUACUGCCAGGCAUGCGAACGGCAAAUGCGCGACGAGAAUGGCUUCAAGUGCCACGUCCAAAGUGAAGCGCAUGUCCGACAAAUGCUGCUCAUAGGCGAAGAUCCCAAGAAACACAUUAAACAAUUCUCCAACGAGUUCCAGAAGCAGUUCGUUGACCUCUUGAGAACAACACACGGAGAAAAGCAGGUCAACGCCAAUCAUUUCUACCAGCAAGUCAUCGCCGACAAGACCCACAUUCACAUGAACGCUACGGAAUGGAAAUCGCUAUCCGCUUUCACCGCAUACCUGGGAAGGAAUGGAAUUUGUCGGGUGGAAGAGACCGAGAAGGGCCUUUUCAUCUCGUGGAUCGAUAACAGCCCUGAGACGAUGCGCAGACGCGAGGCGGUCAUGAAGAAAGAGCGACAAGAUAAAGGCGACGAAGAGCGUGAGCAGCGCUUAAUCCAGGAGCAGGUUGAGCGGGCGCAGCGCAUGGCCAGAGACAAGGAGAAGGAAGAAAACUCCGAGGAAAGGUUGCUGCAGCGGGAAGAGGGUGAAAAGGUCAAGUUGAAUUUUGGAUUCAGCGCAAAGCCAAAGCCAGAUGCCGCCCCAGCUUCAACCCAGACGACGACCGUGCCAGCGACGGACGAUUCUUCUGAUGCCAAGGAUUCUCCUGCCCCGACAGACACAGGUGCCUCAACUCCAACUACCUCUCAAGCCCCAGCCAAAAUCUCCAUGUCCUUUGGCGGUGCGCAAAAACCGAAGAACGUGUUUGCAUCGGGCCCCAAGAAGAACCCCCUGGCUGGGAGGAAGGGACCAGUGAUGGCUCAGCCGAAGAAAAUGUCAGAGCAGGAGAGGAUUAUGAAAGCCGAGAUGGAAGCUGCAGAGCGCAAGCGCUCCAGGCCGGACUCUGUGUUUAACUCUAAGCGGCCGAAGCUUGCAUAGGCUUUCUUGUGUGGUUGGGCCAGUGUCGUCAUUGGGCGUUUGUUCGGUUCAAGUUACUUCCUUAUUAUACCCUGCCUCCUGCACGAAAUAGAUGAGAUCAUUGUUCGUAAUACAAAC